ACACAGCGGCGCCUUUCUUCAAAAUACUACCGUAUGAAUUUCUGAAUUGCAACUUUUGCUACAAUGCCUCUAUCGACCCAGUCUCAACCUGACGAUGAACAUUACGCCUUAGUGGCAAGUUUGGAUAAUGCUCGCAAUCUGUCUAACAUCCUGAAAGCUAUCACCUUCAAGGACCAUGCCAUUUUUACCGCUACACCAAAUGGUCUAAAGGUCACUGUGGAGGACUCCAAAUGUCUUCAAGCUAAUGCUUUUAUCCAGGCUGAGAUCUUCCAAGAGUUCACCAUCAAGGAGGACUUGGUGGGUUUUCAGGUCAACCUCACUGUUCUGCUAGACUGCCUCAAUAUCUUUGGAGGAACCACAGUACCAGGAGUAUCAACAGCCUUGCGGAUGUGCUACAGGGGGUAUGGUUACCCUCUGACUCUGUUCCUGGAGGAGGGUGGCGUGGUGACUGUUUGUAAGAUCAACACAGAAGAACCAGAAGACCCGAUUGACUUUGACUUCUGUAGCACCAACGUCACAAACAAGGCGAUCCUGCUCUCGGAGAGUCUGAAGGAGGCCUUUUCUGAACUGGACAUGACCAGUGAGGUGCUGCAGAUCACCAUGUCCCCUAGCCAGCCGUACUUUCGGUUAUCCACAUUUGGGAACUCUGGAAAUGCGCAUUAUGAUUAUCCCAAAGACUCAGACAUGAUGGAGCUUUUCCGUUGCACCAAGACACAAACCCACAGGUAUAAGAUGUCCUUACUGAAGCCGUCCACCAAGGCUUUGGCUUUGUCCUGUAAAGUCUCUGUGAGGACAGACAGCAGAGGAUUCCUCUCUCUGCAGUACCUGGUCAGGAACGACGAUGGACAGAUCUGCUUCGUAGAAUAUUAUUGUUGCCCCGACGAGGAGGUGGAGGAGGAAUGAUUACACUCCGAUAUGCACAUUAUUGGUGGUCAGUCACUUGGAAUUAGCUCAAGAAUGCCCAAAGAAGCAGAACAGACUGUGGGGUGCACACUGGAUAAAAAUGAACUGAAGUGGGCACAAUGGAUUCUGGACAAAUGGGCAAAGUUGCAUUUCUAUGGCAAAAUCAGCUUUUCAUAUUUAAGUAGCACUUUGGCACUGGGCUCAGAUAACAUCACCUACAUGGUCUUGUUAUGUACAUUUGUUUAUUAGUCAUGCCAAUUAGAGUUUAUCUACUUUUAUAAAUAUGGUUGCGGUUGCACUGGAGUCUCAGCUCUUCUGACACACAAAGCACCCUACAUUCUUCCUACAUCAGAACAAAUCUGCCCUCCAGGAGUGUUUUUAUUUUAAAACACCACCCUAUUUGUGCCACUCACCUUAUGGUCCACAUUAUCUACACUCCAAUGGUAGACCACUUACUUAUUAGGGUGUUAUGACAGACUAGAGACCUGUAAAGGGAUUUCCCUGCCUUUCAUCCUGUGUAUGCAGGGAUGAGCAGAGCUUGACAAGUCUAUUAUCCUUACAACUUGUUAAGAUUGUUACCGUUGAUCAUUUUGAGGGCAAUGUUAUAUUUCAUCCACUCAGUGUUUCUGGAGCCCUUU